UGCAAAGAUCGAAUGACGAUUUCAAGUCGCAAGGAACGCAAAAAAAAGCAAACGAAAUGGUUUUAGGCGGUGGUGAACCUGGUAAUUUAAGUGCGAAUUUAUUUCGAAUAUUUGAUUUUGUAGUAAUGUAAAGCAUAUAAAUAAAUCCAUAUUAGCAAACAUGGAAUGUUUACUUUAAAAAUAUAUAAUAAAAAAGUGGACAGAUCAUGCAAAAUGAAUCUGACAAAAAAAUAUUCUACUAUUCCAAGAAUUCUUCUUUUUAAAUCGAGAUGUUUUCAGGGUCAUUAUAUAAAUAGAAAAGAAAACAGUCAUGAUCAGAGCCUCGGAUUAGAUCAACAAAAGCGCACUUUCAUCAGUAUUCCAAGGCCUUCCCGAACAAGAAAAUACUCUGGCAGGCAGCUAGUAGGAUAUACAAUGGACCAAAUGUUUGAAGUAGUCUCAGAUGUUGGAAGUUAUUGUCAAUUUGUUCCAUGGUGUAAAAAGUCCUUGGUUCUCAAGAAGACACCUGGCUUUCUACAAGCCGAUUUAGUUGUGGGAUUUCCACCAAUUAAUGAGAGCUACACCUCAAAUGUUACUUUAGUCAAGCCUCAUUUAGUGAGAGCAGAAUGCAUGGAUGGAAAACUAUUUGAUCACAUGCUAACUUUAUGGAGAUUCAGUCCUGGAUUGAAAAGAGAACAACAGUCAUGUGUGGUUGAUUUCCAAAUUACGUUCCAAUUCAAAUCUGUGUUCCAUUCUCACUUAUCAAAUUUAUUUUUUGACCAAGUUGCUAGACAAAUGGAGAGUGCAUUCAUAAAAGAAGCAGGAAAGCGAAAUGGACCUGCAACAAUACAACCACGAAAUCUUCUUAUUAGUACAAAUUCUAAUCAUACUCUCAAAACUUGACAUUAAGACAUUACAGGUUAAUAGUGUAAUUAAAUAUAUUCUAUUUAUUUGUGAUACAUAAACAUAUAGUUUUUAUAAAUAAAAAGUGUAACAAAUGUUAUUCAGAAUUAUGGAACUAUUGUGUUAAUAUGAAAAAAAAUUAAAAGCUAUGUUA